UCCUCGAUCCAGUUCCAGCAAUUCCCCCAUAAUAAUAUGGUGCUAGCUUCACUUAUUGCCAAUGAAGAAUUAGGGUUGAAGCGGAGGCCAACGUUCUUUGAUCUUCUGCGAGCUAGCUGCGGUCAGAGGAAGCUGAACUGAAAAUGUUGCUCAACAUAUUCAUGAUUUUAUCAUCCAUAACCUGGCCUUGCUUAGGUAGCUUACACCAUGUGUUACACCACUAUGAAGGCAUCCAUAGCUCCAGCGUUAGACAUCACUAUGCCAAGAGGAGUGCAGACGAGAUGGAGAUGGGAGUCAGGAGGAUGUCAUUACAAAUGCUUGGCAGACAAUUCAACAUGGAGCUAACCAAGCGAGAAGGUCUUUUUACCACUGACUUUUCAGUGUAUGCAGUGGGGCAAGAUGGUUUGGAGAGACCACAUUCUCUAGAAGUUGACUCAUAUUACAUGGGUUAUUUAGAAGAUGAUCCUGACAGUGUGGUGAAAAUGCACCUAGAAGGAGAUGACAUCACAGCUAGAAUAUACACAAGAGAAGAGCAAUAUACCAUUGAGCCAUCUUGGAGACACAUAAAAGAACGACAUAACUUCAGCAUGAUAGCAUAUCGCAGCUCAGAUAUCAAACAAAAUACAACGGCUUCAUUUUGUCCACAUGGCCACCACUUGCCAGAAGGUCUCAAGUAUGAAAAGACACAAGAACAGCUCAAAGGGCAAAGCUCAGCGCCUAAAAGCAAGUCAUCCUCAUCAUCACACUCCCGCCAGAGGAGAGCGCCCCCACGCUAUCAUGUCUGUCCAAUGCUUCUCACUGCUGAUUACAGAUUCUACCAGUCAAUGGGACAGAGUAACAUGCAAAUAUCUAUGAACUACCUGGUAAGCCUGGUUGACAGGGUUGAUGUCAUCUACAAGACGACCGAAUGGGAACCAGGAUAUUCAGGCUUCCAGUUCCAAAUCAAAAAGAUUGUCAUACACCAGAAUCCCUCCCCAACCUCAGCAGAUAACUACAACGUUGAUCGAGACAGCAAGCCUUGGGGUGUGCAGGAACUCUUGGAGGUAUACAGUAAAGAGGAUCACAGUGCAUUCUGCUUGGCACAUCUCUUCACCUAUCAAGACUUCUCUAAUGGUGUCCUAGGUCUUGCAUACAUAGGCACUCCAAGAAGCAAUGCUGUAGGAGGCAUAUGUACAUCAGUAUAUUAUGCUGGCAAUGGGAAGCGACAAUACCUGAACACAGGCUUAACCACAACCGUCAAUUGGGGGCGCCGUGUAUUAACAGAAGAAGCAGAUUUAGUGACUGCUCAUGAGUUGGGUCAUAACUUUGGGAGUGAGCACGAUCCUGGUAAUGAGGGUGAUGAAUGUGCCCCGGGCAACUCCCGUGGUGGAAACUUUCUCAUGUACCCUGCUUCUGUGACUGGUUCUUAUGACAAUAAUAGGAAAUUCUCAAUUUGCAGUAAGAGGCUGAUUUCACCAGUACUGAGGGAAAAAUCUGCACGCUGCUUUGUCGAGCCAUCGCAGACAUCACUGUGUGGCAACUACCGUCUAGAACAAGGAGAGCAGUGUGAUGUAGGCAUUGUGGAUAACAAUAACCCUGAUGAAUGCUGUACAGCUAACUGCAGGCUCAAACCAGGCAAACUCUGCAGUGACAAGAAUUCUGUAUGCUGUGAGAACUGCUAUUAUGCACCACCGUCUAAAGUAUGCAGUGAUGCUACAGAGCAGAAUGCAUACUGCAAGGCCAAGUCUUAUUGUACAGGAAGGGACAUCCGGUGCCCAAGUCCUCCUGAUCUGAGGGAUGGAGCAGGAUGCAUUGACAAUGGAACAUGUGUUGGAGGGAAUUGCAUUGCUUUCUGUGAAGUCAAUAAUUUCAGAUCAUGCAUCUGCUCUCCGUUGGAGCAAUCAUGUUACUUCUGCUGUGUGUUUGAACCAAACGGACCAUGUGAGCCAUUUCUGGACCGCCACACUCGAAUGGCGAUACCAGUCGCAGAUGGUAAACCGUGUGAAAUAGGCGGCUGCGUACAGGGCCAUUGUGAGGGUCGGACGCAGGAUCUAAUCGCCAGAUUCUUUGAUGUAUUUGAAGGAUUCACCAUCAGCACAGUGGGUCGAAUCAUCAAAGAUAAUGUAGUAGGAGCUACGCUUAUUAUCUCUCUUCUCAUCUGGAUCCCAUGUAGCUGUCUGGUUCACUAUGUGGACAAGAAAAGGGCCAGGGAGCUCAAACAGAUUGACACAUGGCUACACCCAGCGAACCAAGAACGAAUACUACCAGAAGACAAGCUUCGUGUUAGAAGAAGCCAGGUGAUGUUAGAGAGCUAUGAAGGAAGAGAUACAGAACAUCUCUUGCAGUGGUGGGACAAAUCUUCAGAGGACGGUUCUCGGAUAGAAGCUGAGGAAUCUUUGUGAUUCGUCAAACAAUCAGCCAAUCGAAUCAUCUUAUUACCAAUCAGCCAAUCAGAUCAUUUCUUUCUCUCUUAACAAGGGGAGGAUAUGAGAAACCACUGUGAUUCGCCAACAAGUAAACCUAUCAGAUCACGUCAUGGAAUGU